AUGGAGACUCCAAAGACAAUCGCCAGUGUUGACAUCGACGAAGAAUUAUCUUGCACUGUCCUCGAUAUGAGAAAUGUAUGGGGACGAAGAGAAGACACAAUAGAUUUAGAAGAGAAGGAAAAACGAAGUGAAAUGAACCAGAUGUGUGGAUUACAUACGAGAAAGUACUCAACCUACCCACAGGGUCACUAUCAUACUCCGCAAGCUAUACCCAUCGGCUCAUCACUUCAUCCGCAAGGGAUGUUUGUCCCAAACCGAGUCAAACCAGAAACUAAAGAUUUCGUAAAUGACAUCGAGGAUUCGGAGUCGAGAAGGGAAUGGAACAGGGACGUAGGUUCAAAGAAAGAAUGGAAUACGCCAAGAGCUCAACAGCUGGCGCGUUGUUUUGUGUGCGUAAAGGGAAACGUUACAUUGCUGCCUUGUGGGCACCGAAUGUGUGAACAAUGUGUGCAUGAGUUGAGAUCACGGACAGUGAAAUCUUCAUACAAGACUUUCUCAGCGUGUCCUUACUGUGGAAAUCCCGUCAAGGAAUUCCAAAAUUCCAGAAAGCAACAACAAACUCCUAAGGCGUCAUCAUUGGCGUAUUUGACACCGCCUUCUUCUUGCGAAAAAUCCAAAGAAACAGUUCCAUCCUCUGAUCUUCUGUCAACACCAACACCCAUUCGUCGUUCUACUACAGCUUUCGUCACUCCCUCCAGUGACGUGUCUACUUCCGAUAUGAUCCUUCCAAACUAUUCUCGAUCAAAUACGAUCGCGAAAGAGGUCAAUGCGACUAAUAAGCAUCCGAUAUCAAGUGUUCCUACAUCGGCAACAGCGACCGCGACAACACAAAAUACUUCUCACACACCACAGAAGUCGCAACAAACUGCAUUUAUAGAAUUAAGCAAAUUAGCGCCUAGAUACGACUGGCCUGUGGUUAAAAUCAGUAACAUACCUUGGGACAUUUCAUUGAGAGAUAUCAAGGGUUUCUUUUCGACGUUCAAACUGCCCGAUUCGUCGACGUAUGCACAAAGCAUUCAUGUUAUCAUGGACAGAAACACGGGCAAGACCCAUGCAGAAGCUUACAUCGAAUUCCUAAACCAGCAUGAAGCACAACUGGCUGUCUCAACCCGAAACCUUAAGCCCCUCAAAGGUCGAUUGGUAUCGCUUCAUCAUUCGUCCCAGGCAGAACUUAUGAGGGCUACAUUCCCGAAAUGGAAGGGAAAGUUCUCGGGAUGUGAUGCUGUCGUUACAGAAGAGAUGCUUGAUGGAAAGCAGACGGUACCGAACGUGCCCCUCAUCACGAGAGAUGAAAUUUAUAGUCUAUUGGUUGUUUGUAAGAAUUACAAGCUUCACUAUUCGCGAAAAUGCGCCGAAAGACCAUUUGAGAAUAUUAUCAGCAUAUUGACAAAGUUCCCAUUCCAUCAAGGAGACUUGUACACAACUUUGCAACGAGAUCUACUAUUCGAGACGUUAAAACUUGCAAUCGAAUCGUUAAAAAUACAUAUGAGUAAAGAAUAUCAUCGGAUUGAAGACACAUUGCUCGAACGAAUGCUUCGUGCCGGGAUACUUACACCCGUAUUUACCGAACGGCAGAAAUUGAUGAUUGUUCAUGUGGCCGGACUGCAACUUCCGGCUGAUCUUGAAGAUAAGAUUUGUCCAUUCAAAAAGAAUGAUCCAUCGGACGAUCAGCAAACCGAAGAAGAGAAGGAUCAGAAACAAGAGCUGACUCAUGAACAGAAGGGAGAAGAACAAAAACAGGAGGAGAGUCUGAGUAAGAGCAAGAACCAGGAGCAAGAACACGAACAAUCCCCGAAUCGAAAGGCGGAAGAAAACCAGGAGUAUCAGUCACAAUUCUCGCCUUCCCUUCCGAGUUUACAUCUCACAUCUUCAGCUGUGGAAUUCCCCGUAGCAGAUAAUGGGAACAGAAAUAAUGGCCAUGAGAACAACGACAAUAUCGUUGACAAUACUUCGUUCUUCACGACAUCGUUCCGUCCACCAAUGCUAAAUUUUGUGGAUCAGGCACAGGAGUACAGAGAAUUUGAUCCAUUUGGAGGUAAAAUGGUGGCCAACAUGGAUGGUGGGUUUGAUAUAGAAGAAAGAGGACCCCAACCCAAAUACGAACUAUUCAACUCCAAAUUUCAAUCCUACGCACCAUUCGCACCUAUCCAUUCUGUUUAUCCGUCUUGUCAUACCCAACUGCAAAAUCCUCCUCAACCAAUACCCAGUCUCCCGUCGCCACCCCUUCCAUUACAAACCCGUCCAUGCGCGCCAUUCUCAACGUUUGUUCCGUUCGAUCCAUUCAGAUCUGAUUUGUUUAGGUUUAAUCGCGAAGAGGGAGUAAAGAAUUUGAAUGCAGAGAGACCACUUCCUUCGGUUCUUCCAGCAAUUCCCAAUUGUGACAACCCCUUCCUUGUUACUCCUUCACCAAACACCUAUGCAAAUGCAACUUACAAUCCCCGCUUCAAUUCAUUCUAA